AUGACUAUGAUCAUUACUGCAUCCAUAGAUAAUGAGGAACACAUUCUAACGGUAAAUCCAGAUGAAGAUUUUGUGAAGAUUUUAGAAAAUACGCUGGGCACUAUUCAUGACUGUACUUUUUCUGUCAAUGGUGAAACCAUUGUAUCUGUCAAAGAUCUUCCAUACAAAAUCAGUCAUAAUACAAAAAUUGAGGUCAAGCGCUACCGAACACGCGGCACUUACACAUCCUUUGCUCCGACUGGUUCUUCCUUGAUAAUUAAAAGUCAAAAAAAUCCUACUCGACCAGUUAUUAAUAUUGAAACUGUGCAUAUCUCAUGUUCUUCGGAUUCGUAUAAUGAAAACGAAGAUAUGGCUGGUCUUAUUAUCUACUCUUUUGAUAAUAAACAGUUCUUCGAAUUGAAUGGGCGUCGAUGUCGUGCUGGAUAUAUUCUAAUUAAGGCGACGAAAAACAUUGAACAUGCAAAAAGUAACCAAGGAGCAGUACAUGGAAAUUUAUUUAAAUGGUUUUUUGGAAUUGAACCUGAUAAUCGAUUUGUGGGCGCAGGAUUUUCGCUACAAGACAAAAAAAUUAAGUUUAAUUCUGGAGUAUUCAAUUCGCGAAAUGACGACUAUCAUGACGAGGAACGAUCAAUGAGUAGAGACGAAAUUUCUUUGAUUAUGUAUGCAGUGGAGGAAUUAUUCAAGAAUGGUAAGUGGGAAACGAAUCCAACUUUAUCACUUUCAAAUAUGCAUACAAGCGGUUAUAAUGUUGGUGAUUUUUUACCGCUUCAAAAUCGUCCAAGGUCAACGAUUAACAAAGACACCAGUUAA